AUGCCGAUAAACACCUACGAAACCCUUGUUGGCCUCGAGCUCAUACUGGCCUUAUGCCUGAGCUCCCUUAUCCUCCGCUAUCUUUGCGACGUCUGCGCGGUUAUUUUGCGGGCGCAAAGGAAACAUUUUUUCCAGGCACCGCGUUUUCGAUACCCCUAUAGAAGACCAUGGGUUUUCAUGAUCCUCUGGCACGAGAUUCGCCCGCCGAGUGGUAGGUCUAACUCAUUCCUCGUCCUCCGCCUCUUCGUACUGUCGGUGUGGCUCCUGGCAGUGCUGAAUAUGACUUUACUGCUCCACUUCUCGCACGGCGUCGAGGGGUGGGAAAUCCACUGGGAUAAGUUCCCGGCGGCGACGCAUAUGCGGCAUAUUUAG